AUGGGGCCAAUCUUGUGUCGUGUGGUUAGUGCUAUCGACAGCGAGCCAUUUGUUGUCAGCAUUUCCGCCGGCAAGGAAAAAUCGAAAAGUCUUGAAGAAUUUUUUGGUCCGUUUCUGGAAGAGAUGAUACAGCUCGAAAAAGAAGGUCUAGAACUUGACGGACAGCGGUACACCAUCAAGAUUGGAGCUAUUAUUUGCGAUGCCCCCGCCAGGCAGUUUGUUCAGGCCAUCAAGGGCCAUAACGGAUAUGGCGGAUGUGAAAGAUGCACUCAAAAGGGCACGCACAUUAAAGCACAUAAAUGUAUGGUUUUUGCCAAUCUCUACGAUUUUGCUCUCCGUACCGAAAACUCUUUCCGAAACAAAACAUACAAAAAUCAUCACGUCGGAACUAGUCCAUUACUUCCAUUACAUCUCGAUAUGAUUUCUUCGUUUCCGUUGGACUACAUGCACCUAGUCUUGCUCUGUGUUUUCAAACGCCUGAUUUUAGUUUGGACUGGCCAAUGGCAUAAAAAGAAAUUGAAGCACAAGAUUGGAAUGCGAGAAAAGGCGUGCAUCGAUCGAAGACUUCGUCGUAUAGGGAAAUCUUACCCAAAAAUGUUUUACAGAAUUACAAGAUCAAGAGCAUAUUAA